UGAACACUGCGAAAACUCUAAUGUGUACGGGACAUUGAUCAUGAAAUGUCCUAAAUGCCUUUGGCACGAUUACUACAAGAUUUGUCCUAUAUGCGAUCACCAGAUUCCCGAGGGGAGACAUUACAUGAAAGAGGGCUUUCUUCGGUGUCACGAUUGCGGAGCAGUUACACACAAAAACGCGAAGACGUUGGAAACCAAUUUCUAUUCCCCUUCUACAGAGGAGAACGAAGAUGAAGAUUAAUUAAUUUCCAUUCCUGUGUAUUUGACUCUUUUUGUCAUUGUUUUUUAAUAAAGUUUUUUAAAACGGUAUCUCUCUUGUCUUUUUAUUGCUAGCAAUUAUGAGUCGCGUGCUUUAAUUGAUCCUUGUUAAGUUAUUUGUUUUAUAAUAAUACGUCAAGAUUCUCUCCCUUGAGGUUUUUCCUGUAGAGCUAAUUUGUAUUCAACUUUGGGCGUGUGAACUCGCAUAAUUAACUGAUUAACAGCGCGUGAAAAUGACAAGACUUUCAUUUCCUCCAGAUAGAAAGGAGAAAAUGUCAGACAAACUUGAAAUAAAGAGUUUUCAGCUCCAAUUUGUGUAUGUUUUGUUUAUAUAUAUCCUAGUUUUAGCGCUAAAUAAGAAGACGUAAACUAGAUUGAAAUAAAGACUUUUCAACUCCACUUUCUGCAUGUGUUUUGUCUAUGUAUAUCUGAGUUUUAGCGCUAAAUAAGGUAUAGGAAGCCGUUUCUCGCGUUGCUAGGUGAUCGCUUCUCCUAUUCCUAUUUUUCUUUUAAUAGACGGUCCGAAAACCGGGCUCAAGUUACUUACCGGGCAAGUCUAGGCAAGCCUAUUGUUCCUAUUGAAGUAGAGUGACGCUUAUUAGUAAACCUCUACCGAAUUAGUAUGCAGGAAGACAAAUGCAUUUUAAUAAAGGGAACCCACUUUUUGCGAGGGAACCCACACGGAACUCAAGGGGAACCCACCAACGGUGUUAAUUUUGACCAUAGUCCACUACUUCCUUGCUGGGCCAAUUUUUCUUCAUAUAAACACUUUGGCUCGCCCAGCCGGGUCAACUCAGUCAAGGUCAGAGAAUCAGAGCAUGCGUGCUAGCGCUGUUGGCUCAGGCGGAGAGCUCAAAUUUUUCCUCAUAAAUUCUGGCUUACGUUGACUUGGCUGGGAGGGUGCGCCUCUUUGCCGGGACAACCUUUUCCAUAUAGACGGGGUCCAGAGGGUAGGGUUCAGUUUACUGAAAACUAUCAGCAGUAUGUGAGCUGUUUCAUGAAAAGCAAUCUUCUGAACUUCACAGUUUAAUAUUGCGCAGUUUUUAUUCUAGCAUUUAUAAGACCUAGGGCUCCAAUCACCACUGGUGAGUUUCUGUCUUUGUACCCAAUCCCUGCCGAUCUUUGUAUUUGGAUAGUUUCUCAGCCACUUCUACCGCAGUGUUACUUUCCACUGGAAUGGCCAAAUCCAUGAGCACCACUGUCGUUCAUAUCCCUGAUAACUAUGUCAGGCUUGUUGGAUAUGUAUUGCCCGUGGGUUUGGAUUGGUAUGUGCAGGCUCAUUCAUGUAGCUCUUGAAGAUCUUCCAGUGAAGAUAAGCUGCCACGUUGUUGCUCUGGAGAAUCUACUCAGACUUCGCCAGAGAUUUUUACUCUUUUUUUUUUCAUAAUCAUACUCUUUAUAACCGUUCGGAAAGAUACAGAAGGGUUUUUUCAUCCACUCGAUUUUUAAAUCCGACGAAAAACUGAGGUCUGUAAGUUCAAAUUACAAUGUAGUUUUCUUUGUCAUUGUUAGGGGUGGAAACUAAUUUAAAGGAGCUUAUAGAAGAAUCACACGACCCACAGCAAAAUCAGCGGAAUGUGGAUGAUAUUAUCAAUAUGGUCACUGCUGAGAACUUGUGUUCCUGCCGAGACCCCAUAAACAUGGCUUUUCAGGUACAUAACGAAUGAGAAAUCUAUCGUUUUCGGUCGGCUUAGAGCUAUUGUCAUUCUUAUGUCAUCAUGUUCUUCAAAACGUAUGGAAAAGACUAUAUUCGACAUCUUUUUAAUAUACCGGAAUUCCAUGUUAAUCCUUCUUCUGUGCCUAAACCUCUCUACAGACGUGGAAAAAUUAUUGACCGCUCUCUUUCAAGGUCUUCUUCCACCUGAUCUACCGAGUCAUUCGUCGUCACCCCAAGCUGAAAGAGUGUCGCGCCAUGUGUGGAAUAGUCUAAAUGCGCUUUCCAGUUAUCAAACCUACCCGAGAUGGUUUUUCAGCAAAAGCUCUUGAAAAAGUAGCUUAUUUCAUUGUCAAGAAAUGACCGGCCCGCCUUUGUCCGGUCUUGUAGUUUUGACUUUUGGAAAGCGCCCUGAGACGCAGUUUCUACAAAGCGUUGUCGUUUAUGCUUUUCUGCCUUGAAGGAUGUUGUGGUGAAAGAAGACCUUUAGAGACUGAGAGGUUCCAAAAACGAAGAAUUUUUCUAGAUAGGGUGGGUUUGAUAGAGAAAAACAGUAUGAGAAAAUUAGAAGGUUUUGUGCAUUUGAUAGGUAGUGGUAGUAGAAGUCGUUGUUUGCUUUCUUAUGCCCAAGUUUAUCGAUUCUUGGAAGAUCUAACAGCCCCAACCUAACCCACCAAGGCAACGCACACACUUUAGGACGUCUAGUUAUUUCAAAGACUUAUAUCGAGUAUUCGUUUUCUGUCAGAGAAGUUGAUGUUGGACAAUUAAGUACUUGAUAAUGUAGACUUGAUAACUUGUUGUUGAAGGUUAACUGCGCACUUCGGCGCCUUGCUGAGGGUUACACGGAGAACACGACAUUACUCAACAAGCUUGCAGACCAGACUGAAGAUUUUGCUGUGCAAUUAAUCGAUCAAAUAUCUGCCAACGAGGAGCUGGUUAUUCGUGAUGAGCCUGACGAAGCGGAUCGUUAUGCUUCAUUGCUGAGUCCUAUGACCGAUGAUGCAAUCAAAUUCUCGCAAAAGAAGGUAAGGAACUACUUAACUGCAAAAAUCAUUUCCUGUUCUUUCUAUUAAGUUUGGGACAGAUUUUCUAAUCAUAAGCCAAGCUUGGCUUCAUCCUUAAUUUCUUCUUAUUGAAUAACCCACGCGAAGAAAUGCAAAUUAACUUAACAUGUGCAGACCUUUUUUCCUUGUUGCUGUAUAAUAGACAGUGUUAACUUUUUCUUCGGAGCUUACAAAUUGAGGAAAAAAGCUUUAUCUAAGAUAACGAAGUCUUAGCUAAACGUCUAAUCUCGCUACAUCUAGCAAUAAUCAGUACUUAAAUUGCAUCUGUUCUGCAAAGGAUUGCUUUCCAGCAAAUGAUAUUGAGAGUUUGCUAUCAUGGGCAGAGCCUUGUAAUUUUUGUCACAAUUAGCAAAGAACUCACGGAGAAUAGAGGCUUUCAGUUGUAUUUAAUCACUUCCACCAUAUAUAUGGCGCUGGACACACAGCAAAUCGGGGCUCCAUUUUCAAUGUGUCUUUACAGAUAAUACACCCAGCCCGGGGAGGUUGGCCACACCACCGGGGUCUACGUCUCCUACUCUUUUCGAGCUGUGGUGUAGGUUCUUUUACGUCCCACAAAACAGAUAAGUGGAAGUGCUUUGAGACGGGACGUACGGUUUUUCGUCCUUAUCCGAGAAGAUUAGCAAGUCUAACCGUUUGCAGAUGUCAUUGCAAAGGCAGCACUUUCUCGUCAGUGAUUUAAAGACCCUGCUGGUUUGAACCUGCGACCUUCCGCUCAGCAGUCCGGCGCUCUCUCAACUGAGCUAACCAGGCGGCGGUUAAUUCAUGCUCGUUUCCGAUUACGUUAAUCGCUACUUCGAAGUGCAGACUCAGCAAGAAACUAUUUUUUAACUAGGAGUGUAAUAGCAACUACAGUCAUCUUCUUGUAACUGAAGAUCUGUAUUCCUUUGAUCUGCAGUUCGUUUCGCACCCAUUAUUGUACAAAAGGCUUCAAAUAAGAUGGACACAAGGAUUGCCAGAAGUUUUAAGGCGUUGGACCCUGCUUCUUUGGCUUGUGGUUAUCAUUGACGCGGCUUUGACGCCAUUGCUUGUUCCGUUUGUAGGGUUGGCGUUUUACAGAGACCAGAAGAAGGUAAAACGUUAUUUUCUCCUUGUACGACGGAAUCCCGAUUUUUCUAAACUCCCGAUAUUUGUACUAAUUCUGCUUCUAAUUUACAUUCGAUUUCUCGAAUAUUCAACAUUCAGGAAUCAAGAAAAACACCUUUUCUAGCUACAUCCACCCCUAGUUCCUGUAAGGUGUUUUAAAGCAAUUAGAAAACAACUGUCAAAUCCGUCAUUUAAGUCACAAAGAAGCUACAACGCCGUUGUUACACAAUUGAGAAUCAUUUCAGACAUCGUACAGAAGGAUUUCGGGAUAAAUGAGAAGAAAGCGCAUAUCACUGUAUUUUGUAUCUUCGCAUCAAUCGAAUUCCAAAUUUUGUUAUUUAAGACUAUAUUUUGGCAUUGAAACUGUUUCCUGCCGUCUUUCGACACGGAUGGCGAGGAUGGACAUGGAUUGAGAUGACUUGAAAAAGUUGGGCAAACGUUUUCAAUUUUUAGUGCUAUGCCUGCGAACAUCUCCAAAAAAAUAUCAUGUUCAGUGCUUCCUGGUGAAACUUGUUAUUUUCUAUCUUUUUCAAAAGCUAAAACGUGUCUUCCCUUCAGUUGAAUACUAAAAAUAACGGACCGGUUUAGAUUAUAUUUACGCACUGAAAGUGUUUCCUGUCGUCUAUUGCUACAGAUGGCAAGGAUGGACAUGGAUUUUGGAAAAAUUGGGCCAACUUUUUCAAUUUUUAGUGCUAUGCCUGCCAAAAUCACCCCCAAAAUAUUCUGGUUUGUGCUCCGGGAUGAAAUUUGUUUGAUAUCUUCUUCCCAACUCUACGGGAGCAUUUCUAUGUAUGGUAUUAAAGGCACUAAGUUAUGACUUCAAUAAAGAAUUAACCUACAACAGCACUAACCUCGCGUAACAUAGCUACUUUAACAUUGGCAGACAACACAAGCCAGGGACCCAUUCAUGGAAAUGGGUAAUAGGUGUGGGGGGAGGGAGGGAGGUUUACACGACGCAAACGACGGCAUAGUUCCUAUAUAGCUACAAUAGUGUUGAGACACUUAACGUGAUAUUAGAACUGAAAACUAUUGAAUUUCGAGUAAGAUAAGUGUAAAUAAGUUCCUUAUUGGCGUAACGUUACUGGGGGUUAGGGGGGGGGGGGGUGGGGGGAGGGGUUGGGCUGCAUAACGUUAUAAUCAUCUAAGACCAAAUAUGUUUGUUUUGACACUUCAAAUACACCGUAGAUGUAUCAUUAGUUAUUUUGAUGCUAUUAUAUGUUCCGUUUUAGUGUCUAAGAAGAUUAAAAAAGGCCAGAAUACUGAGGCAAAGACAAUGUUGUAGGAAUUCAGGAGUUCCAACGGGAAAUUCUGGAGUCGUGGAGGAUUUUGUAUGUGUCGAGACGACUUCUGUUGUGCCCUUAAGCAGACGUAUUACAAAAUCACUGGGGAAUUUCGUGGGUAUUAAUUUUUUCCUGAUAUUUACGUAAAAUAUUUGCCAGGCAUGCUUAAGGCGACAUAAACGUAUCCAAACAACUGAGCAAGAGACGCUGGCAGCCUGCAGUUAGUCAGCCAUUUGAACUCAGUGGCUGAUCAGAGAUCCUAUCAGUCAAAUAUGAGCAAAAAAUUGUUCUGCAUAACAAUUAUCCCUAUCGUAUGCCUGUGGAGGCGUUUGUGGCCGGGUGACUAACACCUCGAACUCUCAGGAUCCGGAGGUCAAGGGCUCAAGCCUCGCCCCGUCGCGUUGUUUCCUUAGGCAAGAAACUUUACUCCACUUUGUCUUUCUUCACCCAAGUGUAUAAAUGGGUACCGGCGACAUCUGAUUCUACUUUAAGAUUCUAUAAUUCUUGUGUUAACAACUACUUUAUUUAUUGUUCCGCUGCCUGGGGUAAUUGUUCCCACCAUCUCCUCUUACGACUGCUUCGUCUUCAGAAGCGUGCUGGGUGUAUACUCCUUGAUGCCGACCUCUCUCAGGCUUCUAUUUCUUUAUUUUUAAAACUUAACUGGAUCCCCGUUUUUUAUCUUAUUAAAUACAGGAAACUUUUUCUUCUUUUUAUCGUACUCCUUAAUCCGAAUGCUCCUAAAUGUCUCAGGAACAGAUUUCAAUUUCUUUGUGCUUCGCGUGGACCUCUGGGCCGUUUUACUAGAGCCUCUCUACGACUUAAAUGUGCCAUGCCCACCUAGCAACUCUGGGAAACGCACAAUGGCCUAUAGUGCUACUAAACUUUUUAAUGACCUCAGUUCCGACUUAAAAGAGUUUUCUAUUUCUUCUUCUUUCCAUUGAUAUUUAAAUUUCUUCCUUCCUCUCUUAAGUCUAAAUUACGAGGUCUGUUUCUCUCACGCCUAUCAUCGGCCGAACACUUGGAGGAUCUACUGUGCUGGACUUGCCGCUAUUCUAUUCAUUGUUACUGUUUUUCAUAGUCCUACUACAACCACUAUUACGUCUUUUAAUUUUUAUUUACAUAUAUAUACAUGUUCAUUUAUAGUACAUAUUUUGCCUCCCUUCGUCGAUUUAUAUAUUAUUCAUUACGUGUUUAUAGCCUAUUAAACUUUAAAUAUUGUCUCUUUUGUGUAUAUAUAUAUCUGUGCGAUUUUGCUAAAAGGUGCCCGCUAAGCCAGUGUAGCCGGAAUAAAACCAGGGGGCUUGCCGUCUUGCUAGGUGUCAACUGAGAGCCCAGGCCCAGACCUAUCCGUGGGUCGGUGGCUUCCUUGUUUUGUGUGAAAACCAGGGGGGUAGGGAGGGGAGAUUUUGUCACUUUGGUUAGAGUGUUAUGUCCGAAAGCAGUGCAAAGUCAGAGAAUUUUUCCUGUGGCCUAGGCGAGCCAAAUCAAUGCGGUGACUCAUAAUCACAACUCUUCUAGCAGAGCUUGGGGGAAGUGAUUGACUAGUCAUAAGCUUCAUGGCUGGGGAGGGUGAGUAAUGGCUCCUUGGAGUUGACCGUCUAGAGACUCAGUACAGGCACCUUGUAUGAAAUCCAGACAGAUAUAUAUAUAUAUAUAUAAAUUUAUUUGCCUUUUGUCUUCUAAAUUUAUUUAUCUAUUUAUUUAUUUUUUGAGGGCCGUAGCUUAGAAACUGUGAUAGGUUAUUGCGCUUCCCUCUUUAAAUAAAGUUAUUGUAUUGUAUUGUAUUGUAUUGUACAUAGUGCUGGGGAGUAACCCUGCGACGGACUAGCAUCCCGUCCAGGGGGGAGUAGCAAUACUCCUACGCAUGCUUCAUACUUGGGAAACCGGGAUAGGCUCCGGCCGUUUGGGCCUUUGGCUCUUGUGCGCCUUUUUUGCGUUUAAGAAUUAAGAAUAAAAUUUGCAAUCAUGUUGUAGCUGAACGAAAUUUGCGAUGAAUUAUGUUGCUCAGUCGACUGCUUGUAAACUGUCUCUUGAAAUUUUUUUUUUUUUGCAGACCAAUAUUACUGUUACUGCAUAUCCCCGUCCGUCUUGUUUUUAAAGGAAAAAUUCAACCAUUGGGUUUUUAUUGUACUUCACUGCAUUGUGUGCAACUCGCUGUCUUCCGUUCAACCAACUGUGGCGGAGUACUUGAUUUUUGUCUACUUCUGUAGUAUGGCACUCAAUGAAUACCAGCAGUACAAAAAAGCACCUGUGAAGUACUUCAAGUAAGGCCAAGUUUAAAUGUCCAGGGUAGAAGAUUCACUCGCCUACCCAAGCUACCCAGGGUGGCCCAACUUUUUCUACAUUUCCUUACAAAACUUCGCGAACCGUUUAGGCAAGAAACAAACACUUGGUUCGGCCUUUCUCGAUAGUGGGAUUACCCUCCUAGCGGGGCCAUCUUUUCUCUAUACAACGCUUUGGCUGAGAAAAUUGUAAGACAUACAGUAGAAACUCGAUAACUCGAACUCAGACAACUCUAAUUCCCCGCUAACUCGAACUAAAUUUCCUGGAUAAAUUCAGGUUUCUGGGAAACUGCCCACCUACCCCUUCCCUAAGCUAACAUUAACACUGUAAUUCUCCCUUUGGACAAAAUGAUGGGUUAGGGGAAGUGGGCAGUUUCACAGAAACCAAAAUUGAUCCAAUUCUCUUUCUCUUGAUCUCAAUUUCACUUAAAAUUUAACCUCAAUAACGUUUUUGUUUACCUUCAGAGUUCGAGAUACCGGGGUUCUACUGUAUAUUAAAAAUUUAAUGCUGCAGUUACUGAUGGAUUGGAAACAGUGCCGGAUCCAGCUUUUUAGAUAAGGGGGAAGGGGGGCGGGGGGCGGUUAUCCAGACCCUGAGAUAAGGGAAAAAAUUGAAAACAAUAGAAAAUUAUAAAUGUGAAGAUUAUCUCCGUCAGGUCACCAACGUCCAACACCGGAUAACUCUAACUAAACUCCGUCUAAGUAAUCACAAAUUGGCGAUAGAGACAGGUCGGUAUGUAAGACCUUAUAAGAAACCGGAAGAGAGGAUCUGUCCUAUAGCUGUAACAAAGAGGUAGAAGAUGAAAUACACUUUUUAACUCUGUGCCCUGCGUAUCAAGAAAAAAGAAGUACUUUAUUUAAAUACUUAAACUAAGAAUACAGAAUAUCAGUAAACAGAAUGGCACCAGAUGAUAUUUUUCUGUUGUCAAUAAACCCUCCGAGCAAGAACAAACCAGUGCAAAAGUUAAUUGCAAAAUACGUAUUCGACUGCUACGAGAAAAGAAGAUCAUUAGUUGUUUAGGUUAACAUUGAUUAUAGUUCCACUAGUGUGCAAUUUGUGUUAUAAUUUUAAAUUAUUUGGAUAAAGUCGAUAUACAUAGGAUUGUAUAAGACUCCAAAUAAAACAUUGUCUUGUCUUGUCUUGUCUAAGGGGGGCGGGUCCCUCCCCUAGAUCGGCCACUGGGAAUAGCCUUCGUCGCAGACGUAAUCUACUUCCUGUUAGUAACGCCUGCUCGGAAGCGCCGAGGUCCUUUUUCUGGCCCCCGUCUUAAAUACUCUGUUAGUCUUUCUUCCCAAUUUUUAUACAAUGCACUUUGUUUUGAUGUGUGUACUUAUGCCCUUGGUAUGGUUUUCAUUGCAUUAGAGGCCUUUAGAUUUUAAGACGAGAACGAGUAAGAAAACGAAAUUUUCCCUAUACUAAGUAGUGAAUCACAGCCAUUUUGGCGGGAAAAUGCGAUAGGCGUCGCCAUGCUACUACGAGUUUUAUUAGCGAGAAUGUCGUAUUGGCGGAAACAAGUUAUCAAAGUUUAGAAGUUUUAAUAUUUCGCGAUCGGGAGAGAGUUUAACUUCCUCCAUUAGAAAUAACUGUGCUAAUUUUUCAGGUGAAAAAUGUGCAAUGAAGCUUUCUAGGGUGUAUAUUUUUUGGGAAUACGCAAAAAAACUUUAAUCUUGUCCUCGAAUCCUCUUAACAGGGACAUGUGGAACUAUUUAGACGUCAUCAUUGGAAUCAUUUACAUCUUAGUAGUAAUCCUUCGAAUCACGACCAUCGCCCGUGGUGGAGUUCCUUACCACAACCGUUUGUUGGAGAUUAGCAAUUACCUUUACGGAAUUAACACCUUAUUGAUGGUCCUUCGUAUCUCCAGUAUUCUCGAGCUCCAUCCAGUUGCAGGCCCACUGCAAUUGGCCUUAUACCGUAUGCUGGGAGAUCUGCUGAUUAUUCUCACUCAGUUUUUUUUCGUCAUCCUGGGAUUUACUUUGGCUAUCAUGAAGAGCUACAAUGCAGAGAAGUCAUAUAUUUCCCCGCAUAACAACCAUAAUGGAAAACCGGGAACACCCAUGGGGUGAGUCUUUAAGUCUAUGCAACGUUUAUUUUGGCAGUAAAUUAAACAAAGACUUUUUGUUAAAUAUGAACAGGGAAUAGGUAACUGAUAAUUAGAUUGUUUAUACGAAAACUCUUAAUCUUACGGGUGCCUUUACCGGAUAGAAAACGUGAGUUUUUCAUCGUCAUACUCUUGUAAGUAGUAUAGGGCGCACUGAAUUAUCCAAUUAAAUCCAGUUAACUUGUGGGGGAAUACGUUAACGCCGAUGACAUCAUAGCCGUUUGCCCUUAUCUCUUGAAUAGAAAUAGUGGAAUCUCAUGAAAAUAAGGUCAUGUGCAUCUUUUUAAAACUAACGAGUCCCUGAAACUGAAAAGGUAAGGCCUAACUAAAUCCCCGGGAGCGUCAGGCUGAUGUUGUGUAGUUUAUCCUUGGUCGUAGGAAAUUUCGCUCAAGAAACGUAGAUUAUAGUCUGAAAUGUCAUCCGUCUCUUGGCCCCACCCUCCAACUGGCGGCAAGGCAAGAGCCCACGCCUUGCCGUCCGUUGAGGGGUGGCUCGACGAGACAGAUGACAUUUCAGACUGCAUAGCAGUUUAUAAAAUGAAUGUGUUUUCUUUCGUUGUUAAAUAUCCAUCUUGUCCAUUAGUGAGUUUAUCUUUAUAAUUCUAGAGUAGUUUACAAAUUAAGGUUGUGGAAUUAUCAUUACUAACCGUCCUUGUGCGACCUUUUUUCAGCUUUGUGAAUACAUCUGAACUGCUCAUCUGGUCUGUGCUUGACAAAACAGAGUUAAACAAAUGGAAAGCGAAGACUCAAGUAACAACUAAAUUUGUAAAUGUCCUGUUUUGUAUUUUUCUCAUUGUGUCCGUCAUCAUGCUGGUCAAUAUGCUGGUGGCCUUGCUGACGAAAACGUACGACAAUAUAACGGUGAGUUCAGUGGUAGCCAGGGAGAGGGGGAUUACUCCCCCAUAACGUUAUCUGCUGGGAGGCUCCGCCCCAAAUGGGUACCUUUUUCAGGCUUCAGGUAUAUGAAUGGGUACGGGUUUCACUAAGUGAAGUAUAUGAAAGGGUAGGGAAAUCUGUCAUUCGGUCUGUAAAAAUCCGUCAAAAGGCCCAAAAGGGCUAACAGAUUCAUUUUAUGGCUAUGAAAAAGUCGACAAAACGUUCUGGAUUGUGAUUUAUUCAUAUUUAGGAUACAGUGCAGUUACAGUAGCUAGAAAGGAUGGAAAAGUGUUAAGUUGGUUUGUGAGGAAGGGGUACCAUUAAUUUGGCAAUAGAGGGUACAUGAAAGGGGUAUCGUUUCUGUCAAAAAUGGUGUAUAGAGUACACCAGAGUACCCCCCCCCCCCCCCCACCACCUUCGGAGUGGAAGUUGAAGUUUAGGUGAAGGCAUCAUAAAGAAGCGUUCUUUGGCAGCUCUUGAAAGAAAUUUUAGCAAGAAAAUAGAAUUACGAAUAACCACUGACUAAGAACUACAAUCUUAAAAGAACAAGCAUAAGAUGUAAAUUAUCAGACAGCGAAUACCCCUGAUUAUAUCAUACACGCUACUCGAUCUACACAAUUCUUUUUUUCAUGCUUAGCACUGUACAAUAAUAUACAAAAUUAUGCUCUCAUGGUUUUCAUGGUGCUAGGAUCUUCCAAAUGCAAGGAUCUCUCAGCUACGAAAAUCCUAGUACUAGGAACAUGUAGGAAGAUCCUAGCUAGGCACAAGUACGACCGUUUGCCUGUGAACUGAAUACAGAAAACAUAUGGCGUUAGGAUGAUCCGCCUUCUAGGAUCUUCCCCUCCAUGAAAAGAACCCCUUAAACACAACCUCUAAAUUGCUUAGAUAGUAAGUAAUAAGUCGAACCUCCAGCAAACGACUACCCAAAAUGUAAAAUGUUAGAUGUCGCUUACGUGAGGUAGUCGCUUACGAGAGUCGAUCCGCAGGAGGUCUUUUGCGAGGAAAAGUCCGGACACAUUUACUUUUAGGAGAGAAUGCAUUGCCUGCAAAUUUUAGGCUAUAAUUUAUUUAAAUCCAUGUUGUUUCUAAAAGUUAUUUUGGUCUAAAAAAUAUACGGGAACAUAAAGGAGGGGGUCCCUGGUUCUUCCAAGAUAAAGCAUUGUCGGAUCCAGAUCUCCAGAUAAGGGAGAGACCCGGUCAUCCAGACGUUGAGAUAAUGGGGGGGCCCGGUCUCAAAAAAUUUUUUUUCGGCCCUUCAGGCCUCAGUUUGGUCCAAAAAUAACGGAAGGAGGGGGGUCCUCGGUUCUUCCCCUGGAUCCGCCAAUGAGAAGUGGUCGCUGUUGCUUACGAAAGGUGGUCUUUUACAAGAGCUUUCAAUUGUAAGGCUUUCACUGAAAGCUUUUAGUAUUAAGGAUUGGUGGUCGCUUAUGGCAUGUGGUCGCUAACAAGAGGUGGUGACGCACAUGGAAUUUCCUCUGUAAGUAUUUUAUUAGUUGUUUUUCUUUUAGAAUAAUGCAGAAGUCGAGUGGAAAUUUGCCCGUGCUGUGUGUGAAACCCAGUACAGAGGUACGCACGCUGUCGCUAUGCCAUUCAAUCUCCUCACCGUGCCCGCAAGACUUUUGUGUUUAAAGGGAGAGGAGGAUACCAGAAAAAAGGUGAUUUCUUGGAUCUUUUCUGGUUUGUUGGCUGUCAUGACGUUAAUUUAAAUUAGCAAUUUACACUAUUUUGUUCAUUUUUAGCGUUUUUCCCACCAACUUAUAUAAAAUACCUUUUUGUAAAUUUUGAGACGCUGUAGAGGUCUGAAUUUGGAAACAGCAAUUUUCUAACUCAUCAGGGUGUCACGAAGAGGAAAUCAUAAAUAUAACUGUACAGCUCACUUGAAUUAAAAAUGAAAAAAGAUUAAUAAAUUAAUAAGUGAAUAAAUAGACAAAAGACAAAAAUGAACGGAUAAAUAAAUAAGCAAUUUAACUGCUCAUUCUAUUCUUCCGUUCAGUUCCCCCCACCACCUCCUGGAUCUGAAGUACUGCAUCCGUGAUAUCACUAAGAGGUCUGAAGGCAAGCUUUUCGGCUAUCCAGUUUCAGUUUUCUCCGUUUUAAAAUUGCUCUUCCAUUCGUUCGAUUAUAGGAGGCAGAUCAACGCCGAAAGAUGUACCAGAAAUACUAUGAGGAGUGCUUGUUCCCGGUACUCACAAAACGCUAUAAAAAGAAAUAUGGUGGAUCGUUUCCUCUGUCUGGUAAGAACUUGAAUUUUGUCUACCUUGGUUUCGUCAUUUUGAUAACUGCAAUGCUUUAUUUGCUUUUCGAAGCUCUGUUGCCAACCUACAACAAGCUGAAAAAAUGUUUGAGACACUCCAACGAGUAAAACCGGCCUUUUUUAAGGGGCUGUGUCACGGCAGUCUUCAUUUUGUUUAAUUUUGCUAAUUACUCGCCCUCAAUCACUAUGGAACUUAAAGUAAGCAAAGAAAUUACAUGUAAAUGACAAAACCGAAACAAAUAAAUAUGUCUCCUGAGCAUUAUUUUUUAAGUUGCAAGCAGCAGGGAUCAACUUUGAAAAACUGUUAGGCUGAACAGUUUUUAAAAACUCUAAUUUCAAUCCGUUUCAGUCUUCUUAAGUUUUGCCCAUCCGUUGAAUCUGUUGUUUCUGUUGUGUUAUUUUAACCUUCCUUUAAUGUUUUAAGCGGUUAUUUUUAUGUUUCUCUGAAUUUCGUGACGCAGCUCAUAUCUUUGAGAUAUGACCCUCACCGCCUCUUUCCCCUCUAUUCAAUUGACAAGGGAGGGUUGGAGGGGGAAUCACAAGCAAAAGAUCAUUGACACGCCUUUAUGGUUAUAAGGUACAGUGUCAUACGUUUUUUGGUAACUGGUUGUACCUUCUAUCCGGCUGACAUGUGUCAUCCCAAUUGGCUUCAUUCUUGGUUUGAAAAAAAAUAAAAACUUUCAAAUUCCAAAUGACGUUUGUAUCCUCUGAAGAUUAUUCCCAAAGCAAAUCGUUUAUGGUCAAAGGUUCUAGAAAUUCAGUGAAAAAAAAAAUUAGUAAAACCCGUAUUAUUACGAACCGCCUCAAAACGCCUGAAAACGAACGACAUUCUUGGCCUUAGAUAAUGAAAUAACAUUAUAACGGGUAAAUCGAUUAUUGCAGGAACGAUUUUCGCAGUCCCCUAGAAAUUUGUUAAAUCGGGGUUCCGCUGAAAUAGCGUCUUAAUGAAACACAAAAUACUAAUAAGAGUACGAGAAUGGUGAGCUUCCAGAUGUUUUGCCUUUCUGGUAUGGGAUAGUCAUGUUAAAACUAAGGACAUAGUUUAAAAUGAAAACUGAACCUGACACAGAACACUGCCAACUGUUAGAUUUGCUGCGUUCUAUGAUAAUUUUUGUGUUUCCUUCAGUUGUAUCUUUCACCACGGGGAGUUUUAAAGUAAUUUUACAAGAGACGAUUCGCAACGACGAUUUUUGGCACAACAGAGCGUUGCAACAUUGUUGGGACAUUGUUUUGAAUGCUUGCAACAUUGUUCCAACGUUGCAACGCUGUGUUGCGCUAAAAAUGGUUGUUGCGAAUCGUCCCCAGUAACAUCACCUUUAAAGGUUGGAAAUUGAUCUAACAGGCCAUUUUGCAGGGACAGGAACAUUUCAUUUUCUCUUGUGGUGGACACAAGUCUCUAUACCUUUUUUAAAUUCAUGUAACACAAAUUUGGGGGCAAAAAUUAAGCACAAGUGUAACAUUCACUAUUGAAGGCCUCGAUGAGGAAGUCGAACUCAGCAACACGCGUACCGCUUACAUUACGCAAUUCCCAACACAAUGAGACUUAUUUAGGCCAGAAAAAAUAGCUAUCGAAAAUGUCAUCAAUGUUUGUCUUCGAUCGACUUCUUUCAAGUAUUCUUGGUUUGCAACCACGUGACAUGGUGGCCAUGUUGGUGGUCAAUACAAUACAGUUGACUCCCGAUUACUCGAACUCUCGCUAACUCGAACCAAAAUCGAUUUCCCCUCGAUUUUCGCCAUACAUUUACUGUAAUUUUACCCUCGGUGACUCGAACCUCCAGCUAACUCGAAGUAGUUUUUGUUUUCCAUCAGAUCAUUUCUAUAUAAUUUUACCCUCGAGAACUCGAAGCAUGUUUUGAGCCCUUAAAAAGUUUGGGAAAAAAACAGUCUACCGGCGUCCGAGACAUUGAAUUUUGAAUUUCCCAAUGACGUGUUGUAGGAGUAUAGCUUAUUAGUGGAGGCUGAUGUUGUUUGUCACAAAUCUAACGUGAAACAGCCUUACUUCUCAAAACAGUAAAACGCAUGCUCUCUUUAGGCUAUGUUUUGUUACGUUACGUUCUGAUUUACAAUCUAGAAGUACCUUUUAAUUUUCACUUGACGUUUCUUUCACUGUGCAGUAAAAACUGUUCUUUACCUUACUCCCGACUAUUCCCUUCGAGUUCCCGAUAACUCGAACUUUUUUCGAUUUUUUGAAGGUUCGAGUUAUCGGGAGUCGACUGUAAAAGUUGUUUCAAAGAAUUUACAUGAAAAUAUAGUUUAGUUCCCAGAGGAGAGAAAUGUUUUUGCUCUUGACCACCAAUAUGGCAGCCAUGAAGUCACGUGCAAACCAGCAAUUGUUUCUGCAGAGGCUCCUUUUACUGGCGGCCAUCUUGUUUUGCUCCGUGAGAUGUGCAAAGCAAAACCAGGAAAUCACCUUUGAAAGCUAAAGUUCAACUUGUGUGUUCUGCAAACAAGUUUUGAUCCUCAAAAUUUCGAAGGAGUCAAGGGCGAGUUUCGUGAUGCCAUAAGUAACCUGGCAUCGAUGGAAUGGAUAGCUCUGUUCAAAACUACGCGAGGCAGACAAACGCGAGCAAACGUAAUUGGUCAUAAAGCGCAUAAUAUUAGCUUGCUUGAAAACUCAUUAAUAUAGCAUUCCGAUAGACAGUAAUUGAUGAUUUUAAUUUCUGUUUCAGUUGAAGAAAAGAUGGACCUGAUAAUGGGGCGUCUUCAACAACUGAAAAUCCCAACCUCCCAUGCCAAAAAUAUUUCACCGGACCAGGUAAAAAAUAUAUAUUACUUAACAACAAGAGGGGGAUUCGCUCUCUCUCCUCAUUCUCUCUUAUAAGCAGUUAAGUCCCUUAUCAUUCACUGCUAUCUUUUAGUCAUUUUGUCAAUAUACCAUUUACUCAGUUCAUAAAUAGCAAUUUGUCGUUCAGUUAUCACCGAACCAACUUAAUUGUUACAUGGUGUUAACAAUAGACUAGAUAAGGCCCUAUUUGUUCAAAAUGUGCGUAGUGUUAUCCAAUGGAUGAAUCACCAUUCUGUGGAUCGUGGUAUUGAUUUUCCUGAUACUUAUCCGCUGGAUAGUGAUUUAUCUGGUGCAUUGCACUAUCCAUCAUUUGAACAACUGGGGCCAGAACUCAUUUAAACCUGACAACCACACUGAUCCAGCAACAUAAAUUUUCGUUGACCAAAACGUUCAAACGGAUGCAACAAGUAACGACUAAGAAUUUUGGAUGAAGUUGGAUUAGAGUAGGUGCAAUAACUAAUACCUCAAAUAAAUUUAAAAAGUUAACAUAAAAAACCACUCACUUUAAUAGAGCUGCAUAACACAGACAUUAUUAGCAAUGUCUCAAUUUCCCCAAAAUGUUCUUAUCAAUUACAAAUUUUGUUUUUCAGCCAAGGCACACGAACCAAUUUUUAGACCCUGAAUCGGCGACAAUAGCUCGAGCUCCGUCGAUGACGAUUUAGGGUCAGAGAAAGAAGAGUCUGAAAGAGCAGAUGUCUAGUCAGGUACAUCGCCAGUCAGCAAAACGAAGAGUGUGGACAUUCAUUGACUACUUUGUGCCCCAAGAAGCUCUUCAUCAUCAAAUGCCCGCUUUCAUAUUAAAUAAAAUGCAACCAUUUAGGUCAGAAGGUCUCAUUGAGGAAGUAAAACGUCUUCUAGUUCAAUGUGAGCCACAAACUGUGGCUAGAUCCUUGCAGAUUGUAGAUUUUUUUCUAUUAAACUGCCAAAUAGAGCUAUCCGUAUGUAAUUUAUAAACUAAUCUCAUUAACUGUCAGUGGUAUAUUUUGAUAGUUGUCAAUAAGAAGUUUACUUUGCUCCAUUUCUCAGCACGCUUCGCGAUUAUGUGUCAUGCAUGAUUGUUAUCAUUACACCUUUUUUUUUGUUUGCUUAUUACCAGUGUACAUAAUGUCUAGCGUUGUUCUCAAUAUUAAGUGGAAGAGUAAAAAGCUUGAGCGAGGCUAACUUGAUGCUAAGAUAGGCUCGAAGCUACUCAACCUUCCAAACAUCAGCUUUUUUGAAUUUGGAGCGCUUUAAUAUUUUCAGUUCAAUCCAAUUUCUUAAACAGCCUGUUCGAGAGUUGCAAUCGUCUGUUUCACAAUUAUUUUACAAGUGCGCGUUGGAUAUAAGAUGGUAGCGAGCCAACGAGGCGCAAAGCGCCGAGUUGGCUGUAAUCAUCUCAUAUCCAACAAGCGCGAGUGGACUAAUUGUUUUAUUAAAAACGCCUACAAAAUACUGGGAAUUCUUUCCGACUUUAUUUGUAAAUACAACCGAUUUUCAGCUUGUUUUUAAUUUUGAGCGGACGCAUACAGUUACCACAUUUGGACAGCAUGCUAUAAUGGCUUAUAUGCCAUGAUGGCUAAGCUAAUCAGAGCUCUAGAAUUGCAUUACCCAAUGAUACAGUUUUUGAUAAAUCCCUUUAGACUGCGAAACAGCUCGUGUUUUUGCUUAGGUCAAAACUCGCGAGCAGUCAAACGUAAAGUCUGUUGCAGGAGGAAAAGGGAAUCUUACGCAGCGGUUCGCCCAAAACCGACUGUUUUACACUCUAUUAUCUCUGUAUCAGUCAUUUUCAUAAUUUAUCUUAUUUAGGAAUAUUUCUUGUUUUUACAAAAAAAUAAUCAUUGUCAUUUGAUUCUGUGGCUUGUGUUUCCCAUCUUUUGCCGUACUACUUUACUGUAGAGUCAGUCAUGCCAAUAAAGCUUGUUAAUGCUGUUAUGUGUUUAUCAAGGUUCCACAGGCAUG